AUGGCAAUAAAGUUAAUCAAUAAAUUGAAGUUUAGUAGUCCAUGUGUUUUUGAGAAGGAUUUAUAUGUUUAGGGCAUAUAGAAAUUAGGGAACUUUCGAUUUCACGACGACGGUAGGACGUGAACAUAAUGACGUCACUAAAAGUCAUCUGCGCAUGUGAGAACAUUAAGGUUACGUCAUCGAGUAGAUUCUGGAACGCAAUUUGGCCAAAUUUACACAUUCAGAGAACGUAGAACGCCAGUAAUAGAAAGGAAAAUGGAGCUUUCAGAGAUUCGUAAUGAACACAAGUUUAACAAGGAAAAUUUGCAUCGGUACCUCAUGCAGAAUGUUGAUGAUUUCCCAAGGACUUCCAGCAAAUUAAACAUACAGCAAUACAGAAUGGGCCAAUCUAAUCCAACAUUUCUGCUGGAAAAAGAUGACAAGAAGUUUGUAAUGCGGAAGAAACCACCAGGUCAGCUUUUGAAAGGAGCCCAUCAGAUUGAUCGUGAAUAUCAAAUCCAAAAAGCACUUUACAACAUUGGGUUUCCAGUACCAAAGCAGUAUAUAUACUGCUGCGACACUAACAUCAUAGGUACAGAAUUCUAUAUAAUGGCACAUGUUGAUGGGAGAAUAUUCCGAGACCCAAGUUUACCUGGUGUUCACCCAAGGGAAAGGGCACAAAUCUAUGCAUCAAUGAAUAAGACCCUUGCCCAGCUUCAUGAUGUAUACUGGAGAAGCAUUGGUCUAGAGAGCUACGGCAAACAUAGUGAUUACUGUAAAAGGCAGGUUUCCACAUGGUCAAGACAAUACGAAUCUGCAGGAAGCAUGGCCUCCCUUCCUAGUGUUGCUAGUGCUAACCAGUUGAUGAAGUGGCUUCCUGCAAACCUUCCAGUGGAUGCUAAAAAUACCUGCAUUGUACAUGGAGACUUCAGACUCGAUAACCUGAUCUUCCAUGAAAAACUACCUGCUGUUGUUGCUGUAUUGGACUGGGAGUUGUCAACACUUGGUGAUCCGUAUGCAGACCUUGCUUAUAACUGUCUUCCUUAUGUCUGGCCUAAAGAGAUACCGUUGAGCAUUGGUGUCAAAAAUAGUAGCAUGAGUGAUUUAGCUAAUGUACCAGGCAUUUGGUCAUUAGAUGACUACUUAAAACUUUACUGCAAAAUUCGCUCAGUUCCUCACCCAAUACCAAGUUGGAAUUUCUACCAAGUACUUGCAUUUUUCAAAUCAAUGUCCAUAUCUCAGGGGGUGUAUGCAAGAAGUGUACUUGGUAAUGCUAGUUCUAAUAUUGCUAUACCACAUAAGUAUGUGAAAGUACUUGCUGAUGCUGGAAUUGAACUAGUCAAAAGUUGUGAAAUUGUUAGUGAUAGUGACUUGUCAAUUUUACAACCUCAACCAGGAUCAGCUAAAGGUCAGAAACUACUUGUGGCAGUCAAAGAAUUUAUGAAGGAACAUGUGUAUCCUGCAGAAAAGAUUUAUUUUGAACAACUUCAGGAAUCUGACACCCCUUGGACCGUCAUUCCAAUUAUGAAUACUCUUAAGAGCAAGGCAAAAGCAGCUGGUCUGUGGAAUCUGUUUCUCCCGGGAGUCAGUGGCAUCAGUGUUUUGGAGUAUGCUUACAUGGCUGAGGAGAUGGGCAGGUCACUUAUUGCUCCUGAGGUCUUCAACUGCAGUGCCCCAGAUACGGGUAACAUGGAGGUCCUGUACAUGUAUGGAAAUGCUGAGCAGAAGAAGUCUUGGCUACAACCACUGCUGGAAGGAGAAAUAAGGUCUUGCUUCUCAAUGACAGAGCCACAGGUUGCUUCAAGUGAUGCCACUAACAUGGAGUGUACAAUGACACGGGUUGGUGAUGAGUAUCUGAUCAAUGGACGCAAAUGGUGGAGUAGUGGUGCUGGGGACCCAAGAUGCAAGUUAAUUAUACUAAUGGGAAGAACAGGGGACACAAAAAAUAGGCAUUCAAGUCAUAGUAUGAUCAUCAUUCCAAUGGAAACUCCUGGAGUCACCAAAAUUCGUCCACUGACUGUCUUUGGGUCUGUUGAUGCUCCGCAUGGUCAUCUAGAAUUGAAAUUUGAUAAUGUUCGUGUGCCUGCUUCCAAUCUCAUUCUAGGAGAAGGAAAGGGUUUUGAGAUAGCCCAAGGAAGGCUUGGUCCUGGUCGUAUCCACCACUGCAUGAGGCUUAUUGGCCUUGCUGAGAGGUCCCUAACACUCAUGUGUGACAGAGCAUUUCAGCGGAAAGCAUUCAGAAAGAGAUUGAUAGAAAUGGGUGUUAUUCAGCAUAAGAUAGCUGAAUGUCGCAUUGCCAUUGAUCAGGCUCGCUUACUCGUUCUUAAAGCAGCGCAUACAAUUGAUGUAAAGGGAACCAAGGCCGCCAAACUACAGGUUGCUAUGAUUAAAGUUGCAGUACCACGCAUGGCUAUGUCUGUGAUAGACGAAGCUAUACAAGUUCAUGGUGGAGCUGGUGUCUCUAGCGAUACACCGCUGGCUCAGUUCUAUGCUGGUGCUCGUUCACUAAGAAUUGCUGAUGGACCUGAUGAAGUACAUCUCUCACAAAUAGCCAAGCAUGAGAUUUUUACUCAGAGCAAGAAAUCCAUGUUGUAGAUGAAAUGCUAUUUUAUUUUAAGGAAUAGGAAUCAAACAAUUAGUGAUUAUUUUGUUAUGUUUCCUAUAUAAGGAUAAUAGAUUUAUGUUUAUUACACAAGACAAUUAAAUUGAGGAUGUGUCUCUACACCAGCAAAUGGCACAGUGGGAAGGCUCCUGCUUUCCAGUUGAGGUUGGGGUUUCAAGUCCGAGAUUGGUUUCUUGUUUGUGAGUAAGCCACUUCAUAUGUAUUGUUUCUAUCCACUCAUGACUUAAAUAUUGAUACAUAGUAAAUAACUCUGAUUUAUAUGCUGCCAAUUCCAGACUAGAUUAAUUGUGCAAAUGGGGACCUGGUUAGGUUGCAUGCUACUGAAAUUGUAGAACCCAAGGUUUUAAAGCAUCUUGAUCUAUGACCAGGGGUAAUUAUUAUAUAAUAAUAACCACCAGUAUUUUCUAUUGUUAAACAAAUAAUUGAUUUUAUGUGCAAUGCGGAAGCUGUUGCGUUGUUCGAUAAAGGUAAAUGCAUCUUAACAUUUUGUUGUUGAAGUAGCAGCCGACACUUAGCAACUACUCUGAAUUUAUCAAUAACAAAAAAAUGUAUAAAAAUUGUAACAAGAAAAUAUAUUGAUAGCUUGGUAUAGUAAUUGCCACUCAAGCUGUUUACUACCAGAUUGAAUGUUUAAUAGUAUGUUAUUAAGAAGUACUGUACAUUGAUUAUUUACUGAUUUUAAUUAUUUCAUUGAUUAAUUGAAUAAAAUAUUGAGCAUAUUUUCUUAACAAUUGAUUAAAAUAUAUCAAUGAUUAAAAACUUUGUAUGUGGUUCCUUAAAUCAUCCAAUGUCACUUAUGUAGGAUUGGUUUGACGCAGCGGUAGCAGUUCUGCUUCUAAAUGUACCGUAAAACCUUAAAUUGAAGCCCAGUGGGCUUAAUCUCGAGAUGAAGCACCCCCCACUUCUUUGGUUUGCAAAAUUAGCUCGAUAAGAAGCUCAUGCCUUCUUUUCAAAAUUGUACAGUACAUACACUGUAUAUGAAUUUCAAAAAACAAAAUUAAUUAAAAACAUGUUUAGUUUAUACAGUAGUUUAGGUGAUGUAAUGCCAGUUAAA